CCUUGAGUGUGGUCGUCGGCAAACGGGUGCAAGGUAGUCAGGGGGAGUUUCUUACGGUAGCUGCUCAGAUUCUGUAGUUCGGGACAAAAAAGGGCACAUUCAAAGCUAUGUGGCUUGUUUUCCCAGGUGCCGCUUGCUGAAUCGAAGUUGUUGUACAACAGGAUCCAUCGCAAGGGGAGGCUUUUCUUCAUUAAUCCGCCCAUCUUUGACGAGGAUAGAAACCCUACGUAGACGGCAGGUUCGAUCUCAUCGAUGUGUUGUGAUCAGCAUUUCGGCCUGCACUAAUAUGACUAGGAACUGAUCAGGAACUACCACAUCACCAGAAGUUUUGAUUAGUAUUCAAACUUUUAUCGUCAUGCCGUCCGAGGACAAAUACAAGAUCUUUGACAACACGCCAUCUGGAGAAAUCAAAUUCCUAGACUUCACCUUCCGAAAGCGAGAGAUCGCCCUUGCCCUCGCCCUAUCUGUGGUUGGUCUCCUGUGCCUCUCGCUGACCAUACUCUUGGCAACCGAGGCCCUGAAGCCUGAGGAUACUGGCUGUGACUCAGUAGGCUGUGUGGAAGCCGGGGCCCUACUGUACAGAAACAUCAACUUCUCUGCUAACCCUUGUGAGGACUUCUACACGUACUCAUGUGGCGGGUGGCUGCAGAACAACAAGUUAGAACCAGACGACGACACGCGGUCAGUCUAUCACAAUAUCUGGUAUAAGAACAUUGAUAAACUAUACUGGAUUCUCUACGCAUCCCCCAAACAUGAAACAUCCAGCGCCGAAGUGAAACUUAAAAACUUCUUCGCUUCUUGCAUAGACAAGUAUGAGAAAUUCCGAAACGGAGGUGUGCCUUUUAUCAAGAAAGUCCUGAAUACACUUGGAGGCUGGAACGUCUUUGGAAAUUUGCAGUCGAAUUGGAACUUCGAUUCUGCUUUGAGACUUGUUCAUGUUGAUUUCUGGACCAAUGCCCUGUUUACAUUUUCCGUCAAUCCUGAUCCACACAGCCCCAGACAGGGAAUAGUUGAGGUGGACCUAUCUGGUCUUGGCAUGUACUAUGGCUACUACUUACGUAACGAGUCCCAAAACGUCCGUGAUGCCUACAAGGCCUACAUGAGGACAGUCGCCCAGCUUCUGGUCCGGGACAACAACAUGACCCUGAAUGACGCUACCAAGCAGAGGAUCGAGACAUUUGUCAAAGACGUCUUCGAAUUUGAGAAGGGAUUAGCCAAUAUUACAGCGAACACGCAACCCUCGGACAACCCCCACGACCGGGAUAACAGAGUCUCACUGAGCGACCUCAAUAAGAAGGCCGGAGCGGUUGACUGGGUUAACUUCUUCACCUACAUGUUCGCACAGGCUGGCGUUAACUCCAACACCAAGAUUGUCUUGCUGGAAAAGGAGUUCGUCUACUUAGUCUCUGAUUACGUGCAGACGCUUGGAGCCAAUAAAGAUAGAAUCCUCAACAACUAUUUGGUAUGGCGGCUAGCCCAAACCUACGCCCAGGACCUCUCGUGGGAGUACGUGCACGCCAAUAGGGAGUUCUACGUGGCGGUCUCGGGAAGGGCUGAGUUCCUUGGCACAUGGCGGUUCUGUUUCUAUCUCGUCUCGGAUAAAAUGAAGGACGCACUAAGCGCCAUGUUUGUAAGGGAUCACUUUGCUGACGAGAGUAAACCCAAGGUCCAUGAGAUGGUAGGAUAUCUCAAGACCGCUCUUAGCAGCAGACUGCAGCAGGUGACCUGGAUGGAUGAUGCCACAAGAAAGGUCGCGAAGGACAAGCUCUCCUCGGUUGUGGACAAACUUGGCUAUCCAGAUUUCAUGAUGGAUGACGCUCAACUGGACGACAUCUACAGAGAUCUCGUAAUCGACCGCAAGACCUAUUUCCAAAAUAUCCUCAACAUCGCCAAAUUUGAGAAAUCCUACUGGAACCGCCGCCUCAUGCAGGGUGAGAACCGAGAUGAAUGGAGGAUGGCUACAUACGACAUCGCUGCCCAGCUUUACAACCCAUGGAACGAACUCAUGGUACCAGCAGGGAUGCUCCAGUUCCCCCUGUUUGAUAAGAAGUUACCCAUGUAUAUGAACUUUGGUUCCAUGGGAAGUAUCCUGGCGCAUGAAUUGAUAAAUGCCGUUGACGAAGUUGGUGGUUACUACAAGAAGGAUGGCACCAUCUUCGACUGGUGGACGAAUGCAACCAACCAAAACUACCUGACUGCACGCAAGUGUGUCACGGACUUCUACCACAACAAGACAGCCGGGCCUUAUCUUAUCCUUGGGAGGAAGUAUUCGAUCUUGAUCAACGGUGCGAGGUAUGCUAGAUUUGGUGUCGCCGAAAGUGGGGGAAUACGCCAAGCCUAUUACGCCUACAAAAGCUGGGAAGAAACAAAUGGAGAAGAGAAGCUCCCUGCCGACUUGCAUCUCACCAAAGAUCAAGCCUUCUUCGUUUCAUAUGCACAGACCAACUGUUUUGUGAGAAGAGAUUACUAUUCUUACUAUUACGCCGUCCGAGGGAGAGUCCCAGAAGAUAUAAGAACGAAUGGUGCGCUGGCCCAACUUGAUGAGUUCCAGAAAGCUUUCAAAUGUCCGGCAAACUCAAAGAUGAACGCAAAGAAGAAGUGUAAUUUGUUUUAGAAUUGAGAGGAGAUGUAGAGAACGGAUUUGUUUGAGAAUGAGAUGACUUUGAAAAGUGGUAGUUUUAGAAAAUGAUGCGAGGACCUGAAAUAACGAAAGGACUUUUGUGGAAAGUGGCAUUGGAUGCGAAGCAGUGACAUAAUUAUUGUAAAUACAUGAAAUAAUAGAAACGUUAUACAAAUUAGUUAUGCAAAUGUUUGUGUCUGAGGCACGGUCUGUUUCGUGACUAAAACAUCAUGCAAUAGUUCUUGGUCAAAUGUAACAAAGACUAGUAUUUCUCAGUGAAUUAUGUGGCCAAUAAUAUAUGAAAUGUACAAAUGAUAUUGAUUUUGCUAAAAGCGUUACGUCUAAUGCGAUGUACUACAGAGUAGAUACGAGUACCUAAUGUGGGGUUCCUACAGUUCCGUCAAUUACAUGUAUGUGUUGUAGCGGUUAUUUCUUAGCGAUUGGUUUUUUAUCAGAUAUUUCCAAUUCGCCGUGUCCCCUAUAAGGCUACUAGGUGCAAUGGCGUUAACAUAUCGGCGCAAAUAAAACAUGCUUUAUUGAUAUUUUU